AUGGAUUCGGAAACGUCAGAUCCACAAGCGUCGCACGCAACUGCCCGUCAAUUCACUCUCUUCCCGACGCUUCCGGCAGAGCUCCGCAUCAAAAUCUGGAGGCACUCAUUCUGUGCUCGUGUUCUAGAAUUGCACUUCCCGCGCUUCAGUUCCCACUACGCCAGAGACAAGUACGAGAUUCAUCACUGGCAGUCCAACUCCGCAAACCCGGUCGGCCUGUCCGUCUGUGUCGAAUCUAGGAUGGAGGCCCUCUCCUACUAUUUCGUCGCCCUCCCUCUGCACAACAGCUACCGCUUUCUCUACUUGAAUCCCGCCGUUGACACGGUCGUGAUUCUUGGGGAUGCCGAGUAUCAGCGGAUGACCGCCCUGCUCGCUACGGUGCAGGCCCAAGAUCCCACGGGCCGGGGCAUGCAACGAAUCGGCCUGAGUGUCAUGUGCUGGGCCCACGAGUUUGCUGGUGCCAUGCUGCGCUGGUGGUCCAAGACGCUGUUCAGCCAAGUGGAAGAGUUUGUGCUGCUCAUGUACACUGAACGACUGCCACCGUCCGACUUUCGCGGUGGCGAGUGCGUCCUGGAGGAUUGUCAAGGCAUGGAACGAUACUUGCGCUUCGUCAUGGGAAGGGGACGCGAGCCGAAAGAUGGUGAGGACUGGAUGGUGUUCGGCAGGGCUGAAAUGCGCAUUAUGAAUUUGGGAUUCGUCCCAGGUCCCGGUUCAAAACCUUCGAUUUCAGGAUAG